AUGGCUUCCUACAACUCAGCGAUGCCUGCGACGGCACACCGACCAGCAGUCUUUGGGGCUCCGGUUCCCAUGGUUGAUCCUGCGGCUCCGGCUGGUACCUUUGCGCCCGGGACCAAAAUACAAGUGGGAAGCCACAAGGUGGUGAUUCAGAAGUACUUCUCAGAAGGUGGCUUUGCCCAUGUCUAUCUGGUCAAAAUGCCCAAGCCUAUUGAUGGGACUGAUAUUGCCGUCCUCAAACGAGUCGCCGUACCCGACAAAGAGAACUUGGCGAAUAUGCGGACGGAGGUGGAGACCAUGAAGAAGUUGAAGGGGCACCGACCGAUUGUCACCUACUACGAUUCACACGCAUCACAACUGAAGGGAGGGGGGUACGAGGUGUUCUUGCUCAUGGAGUUCUGCAACGGGGGAGGUCUGAUUGAUUUCAUGAAUACUCGACUACAGAACCGCUUGACGGAACCGGAGAUCCUAAAGAUAUUCUCAGACGUGGCAGAAGGAGUAGCUUGCAUGCACUACCUCAAGCCUCCGCUCCUACAUCGAGAUCUAAAGGUCGAAAAUGUCCUCAUUACAUCGACAGGAAGUUCAAAGCGAUUCAAGCUUUGCGAUUUUGGAUCUACAGCCCCUCCACGACCCGCCGCAACUACCGCUGCUGAAUGCAGACUUAUCGAAGACGAUGUACAAAAACACACCACGCUCCAAUACAGAAGUCCAGAGAUGAUUGAUGUCUAUCGAAAACAACCUAUUGACGAGAAAGCGGAUAUAUGGGCUUUGGGUGUGCUUCUGUAUAAAUUGUGUUAUUACACUACACCAUUUGAAGCGCAAGGGCAGCUGGCGAUUUUGAACGCAAGCUUCAAGUUUCCGAACUACCCCAUCUUUUCCGACAAAUUAAAGAAACUUAUAGCGUCCAUGUUGAAAGAAAAUCCUAAAUCACGCCCAAACAUCUAUCAAGUAUUACGUGAAUCUCUUUUAAUGCAAGGAUUGGAGGUCCCGAUUAAAGACAUCUAUACUGGAAGGACACAGUCAGAGUCCAGGCGCAACCAGCAAUUACCAUCCCCAGACUCAAAUGUUGCAUCACCGCCUAUUGUCGGGGCUGUUUUUGCACCCCCGUCGCAGCAACAACCAGUUAUUCCUGACGUUGUACCAAUGCGUAGGGGGAGACCUUCUGCACAAAGUGCACAGGGACAUACCCCCAAACCGAGCCCCUCUCCAAUGCGGGGCACUACUAGCGACCCUUUUGCGGCAUUAGAUUCUAAAUCACCUCCAGGGGCCGUUGAUGAAAUAUCUGAUCGAUUCCCCAGUUUAGAUCAAUUUUCUUUGCUUCACGACGGCGGCAAAUUUGAUUUUGAGUCGAGCUCCCCAAGAAAGUCCGGCCACUCUCGCAAGAUGAGCCAGAGAGUGACUGAGAAAUUGGCUGACGAUGCUUUUGCAUCACCUGUUCCUAGCAAGACACCCACUGUUACCACCACUACCAUAGCGGUUAAGCCAGCAGCAAAUGCGGUCUCUCGAGCUCAGAAGAUAAUAUCUAGCAAUCCGGAGCUUCAGUCUGUUGCGACGUCUCCAAGUAUUGUAUAUCAACCAACUCCCACCCGAUCGAACAACUCAUAUGUCUCGCAAGGGACUAUGACAAGUCCUACCCCCCCGCCAACUGGUCAACCGCCAGUCAAAUAUGGCCCUUCUCCUACCUACCGCUUCCCAAAUGCGUCCGAUCAUCAUCGAUCUGCUAGCCUUCCCAGGAACCAAGAAGCCACUAUGCAAUCACAGCUUCUACGCCCAGAAGAUAAUCAAUCUCUCCAUCCCAAUGCUCUUCCCCAGAAUCCAUCUCGACCCGGCCAUAUAAGACAUCCUUCCUCCUCCCGCCCAUCACUAGAAGGCGGCAGGCCAACCGAUCCUCAGGAUCCCAUUACAAGGACGAAGUCCAGCAACUCCCGACCACGCCCUUCAAGCAUAUACUUAGAAUCCAAUAUGGAUUAUCUCAGAGAAAAAGAGUCCAGUGGCCGGCCGUCUGGAGAAAAACGAAGCCCGUACAUGAAAUCCAAUGAAACAGCAGUUGCAGAUCAAGAUUCCGAUGAAGAGACCAACAUUGCAUCCAACGUGGACUUUCUCCGCACAAUGGAAGAUAAUGAUACAACAAAGAAGGAUAGAAGGCGCAGCAGUGGUGCGAACAAUAAGUCCAAGCGAAGCAGCCUACCUUCGUUAUCGGGAACCAAGAACCUCCUGGCUGGGAAAUUUGGAGAUGCUUUUAAGAGAUUCGAGAGCAAUACCAACGCUGCGCCAGGACCUCGAACGCCAAGCCCUUUGCAUGAUCUAGAGCGGCGGGAUCUUACGCCUAUAGCGGGUUCUGAGGCGACUGAUGGACGCAGUGACGAUGGAAACGUACUUGAGGACGCGGACAGCCUGGCUCCAGAACAGAGACGCGAACUGGAACGGAGGCGACUAUCCAUGGAGGAGAAGCGCGUGGCUAAUGCUGCCGCUGAAUAUCGAAAGAGGCUUGCAGACCGUGAUCCAUUAACAGCGCCACGCAGCAUUGGUGGCGUCACACGUGCCGCCAGCAUUCAAAACAAAGUCAAGAAUCUUAUCAACGAAAAUCAGCAGACAUCGCCAAAGAAGACCGCAGAAGGCUACGGGCGCUUCACUGGCAGUGCGAGCGGUCCACCAGCCAAUCCUAUUGAGCAACAAUCCACGAAUCCGUACGCGCGCCCGGUAGUCGCUCGCAAGCCUGUGGUACAAAUUUCAGGAUCCCAGAUGAUGCAAAACGAGCUUAAUUACCAGAAAUCCCGACCAUCCUCCCCAGCAAUAGUUUCCAAAACUGGCGGUCCUCGCCCCAACGCUCCUCCUAAACCUAUGCACCUUAAUAGCAUCAGCACUGGACCACAAAACACUCCUCCAACAUCAUCUUCAUUGCCCAAUCGUCCUAUACAAGCGCGGCCAGACAUGACGGUGCAGGAGAAAGAAGAUUACGUUGCGGAUUUCAGUAAGAGGUUCCCCAGCUUAUCGGGCAUCGAGAUGGUGGAAACACAGAUAGAUAGGGAGCCCAGGGGCAAGGAGAUUUGA